AUGUCAAUGCAAAGAAGUUCUGUUCGUUCUAUGAUGUUCUUUCGUGUAAGUGCUGGUCAAUACCAUUCAGUUUAUAAACAAAAGAAUAGAAUAUCAUAUAUUAACGCUUGUUAG